AUGGUAAGGUCAUUCGAUGACGACCGGAUAGAAGGAUCGUUAUUCCUACUGGACUCGCGCGAAAACACUGGAGUUGCCGAAAAUCCUAAGAUUUUAUCUACGGUGCUCAUCUACUCAGAGACAGACGCCAGUACCGAUUCCCAUACAAGAGCGAAUUCGAAUUUUUCAGAGCAGGUUAAAGACCUCGUCCUCAACAUCCACAUGAUACUGUCGGAUACAGUGAAGCUCAAGGAAUUCGCAAAUGAUUUCGAGAUGACCAUAGAUUUGAUGUAUCGGGUGGCCAAGGGAUAUCAGACAAAUCCUGAUCUGCGGUAG